UUUGUCUCAUUUAGCUUCUGUCUGAGCCAGUGACUACCUGUGAGUCACCAUGACAACAAAACAGCCUCCCCCUCUGAUGAAGAAGCACAGCCAGACAGACCUUGUGAGUCGUUUGAAGACAAGGAAGAUCCUGGGGGUUGGGGGGGAGGACGAUGAUGGAGAAGUUCACAGAUCAAAGAUAAGUCAAGUCUUGGGCAAUGAAAUAAAGUUUGCUAUGAGGGAACCCUUGGGGCUCAGGGUUUGGCAAUUUGUGUCAGCCGUCAUAUUUUCUGGGGUUGCCAUUAUGGCUCUCACAUUUCCUGAUCAGCUCUACGAUGCUGUCUUUGAAGAAGAGUCUGUCAAUAGCAAGACACCCAUCCGUCUGUAUGGAGGAGCCUUGCUUAGUAUCUCCCUCAUCAUGUGGAAUGCCUUGUACACAGCUGAGAAGGUCAUCAUACGUUGGACCCUACUGACAGAAGCAUGCUAUUUUGGAAUUCAGUUCUUGGUGACCACCAUCACCCUGGUUGAGAUGGGCCAGGCAUCCCUGGGAGCUGCACUCCUGCUCAUCAGCAGAGUCCUCUUUGUCUGCAUCAGCAUUUAUUAUUAUUACCAAGUUGGACGCCGACCCAAGAAAGUGUGAUUUCUGAGGCUUCCCAAGGGUGGGGGCCAGGGUGGAGGGCUUGUGUCAUAAACUUUGCAUUCUUCUUGUUCACUUUGGGGGGUUUUGGGUUUUUUUUUUAAAGAUCAGACAUUCUUCUUAAUUAUGGCAUGCAUCAUAGUAUAAAUCCAGUGUUGGUACCAAUGCCAGAUGAGAGGAGAUACCAGAGCUUGACGGGCUCCAUGAAGCCUGAUUGGAGGGAGUGAGAAAAAUGAGAGCAGGGACAAGAAGGGGGUUAGACAGAUUCAGAGUGGGAGCAGGGAGGAGAAUUUGUUUUACAGAAAAAGGACAGCAAAUAAAGACGACUGUAGCAUAUGGUCAAAAAUGCCUAUAUAAUGCAUUGAGGCUGAAUUCAAACAUAGAUAUAGAGGGUAGGCUGAUAGGGAGCAUCUUCUGCCAUGGGGUCAUCUGGUCUUGGUGCUUGGGACACUUGACAGUGUUUGCUCAAUAUAAAGCACAACAGGAGGCAGCAUUAAGCCUUACCAUUUCACUUCCAGGUAGGAAGACUAGAAACCUUUAAGAAAUGCCACGGAAACUGGUAUUGCUGCCCCCAUCCCAGUUGCCCUUUUAAUAAGCAUUAGCUAUAGUCAUCUAUGUAUUAAUGCUGGCUGGUUUUUCUACCAGACUACCUUUUUAAAAAACAAAACCAAAAAAAACAACGGUUCUGUGUUUGUGGGUUUUUAAAAAUUAGACUUAUUCCUAUUUGCUUAUGCUGCUUAUGACUUCUGGUGGUCUUUGAGCACUGGAACAACUUUCAGACAAUUCUGGAUACAGCUUAUUGAAAAGGGAACUUAUAGUUCACCUCCCACACAAAGUUGCACAAUCUCUUUGUUAAGGAAAUGUAAAUUCAGCAUAAUACACCCUAUUAUGCAUUUUUACAAAUGGGCUACCAAGCUGUAACCACCUGAAGUUUAAAUAUUGUACUUUAUAAUAUAUGGAUACAGAUAAUUGAUGAAGGCAUAGGAAAACACUCCCAUAAUACUGAUGCAUAUACUUACUUCCAUAGGAUGGAGAUCUGUGAUAUUUAAAUACACACACACACUUAAAUACAGGCUGGGGAAAAUUAACAAACACUUUGGUGGUCCUUCAAGCCCUUUGGAUAUGAACACACAUGAAGCUGCCUUAGAUUGAAUCAGGCCAUCUAUCUAAGGUCAGUACAGCCUACUCAGGCUGGAAAUGGCUCUUCAGGGUCUUAGGUAGAGUUCUUUCAUGUUACCUACUGCCUGGUCCUUUUAACUAUGGAUGCUGAAGACUGAAUCUGGGAUCUUCUUGCUGAAAACAGGAGGCUAUUCCAGUGUCAUAGCCCCUCCCUUUGGAGAGAUAUGGAAGGAUAUGAACACUGAGUGUUUUAAGUAUAGGUGGAUAUGCACAUAUACGAUUCCUGUCCUACUUUCUAUAAGGCAGCAAGAGCCUAAGAAGGCCUGCACUCCUCUGGACAUGUAGAAUUGCCAGAUUUAUCAAUAUGUGAACCAGCCCCAUUGCCCUAAAUCAGUGCCUGGAAAGGUAUUUCAGUUUAAUUUGUUCUUUGUGCAUAUUGUAGAGAUUCCCCUAAAACCACAGUAAGCCUUCUAUUCAAGAGCAUCCGGUGAGGGGGACCUCAAGCCAGAGAGCUUCAUGUUGUUCCCCACACCAUUAUGUAUUAUCAGUCUUUCCACCUUUGCUGUCCCUUUACACUGGUAAGGAGAAUACAGUCCAUGAGUACCUCAGGAUGUAGUUCAGUACAGAACUUCUCACUCCUGGAUGAUGUGAUUCACAGAAGGUAUGUAAAUUUGUUAGUGAGCAUUGAGACACUUCCCCAUGCCACAGUUGUACAAAUUUAAAGAUAGAUGCUGCAUCCAUUGGCUUAACCUCCUUUCCAGUGUGAGUUGCAGCAGAAACUUGUUAUUUUUUAAACAAUAAAUAUUUAGGCAUACUAGUUAUUGGCAUUUAUAUUUAUUCAAAAUUGAUCACACUGACCACUAAGUAAACGUUUUGUCAAUCUCCAUUUCCUUAAAGUUGGUUGUAUUGAUGUGUGUGUGUCUCUCAAAAGGCUAGAGUAAAUAAAAGUAGACUAGAGGAAUUAUUACUGCUGUAGAUGGUUGAUGUAGGGUCAGUGAAUCUUUCCUAGGUACGAAGCCCUCCUUAUCUUCAGUAGGCCAACAGACCAAAGUUUGAAAUUCCUCAUCCCUUCCUUUGGGGGUUCUUGUAGAUGGACUCUAGAGUGAUUGUUUUGGUUGAGGAGUCCGCAAAUGUAAUAGGACCUUCUUUGGUAGAAGCUGGGGACACUGUUCCAGCUUUCUUCCUUUAGCUUUUCAUAAACUCAAUAAAAAGUUCAAUGUA